AUGCGGCUUGGAAAGAAGGCUGCUGAGGAUGUGUUAUCUGAAGAGCACGCAGGACUGUUCUUUGCCUGUAUUCAGCUCAUCACUGCUAAGCCUGUGACUGAAAAAAGUGUUACAGACACUGAUCUGGUUAGGCACUAUGUUGAUCUUGUAGGUUCAGAAGAGGACACGGUGGACAAUAAAAGUGAUCCUCAGACAGUUGUGCCUGUCAGCAGCUCUCCUUGGGUGUCUAAGGGAUCUGCAUUGGCACUCCAGGCUGCAAUGAGUCUCAUCUCCAUGACAUCACCUCGAAACUUCCAGCUCCGCAGCACUGCUUUGGCUCCAUCGUUUGUGGAGUUUGACAUGUCCAUGGAAGGAUACGGGUGUUUAUACCUCCCUACAUUGGCCACUGUCAUGGGACCUAGUGCAGAGCAAUCUGUCUCAGGAGGAAUUGGCAUGGGCACCAGAAUGUUCCCUCCCUCAAGCGGCCUGACACUCUCCUGCUGGUUUCUGGUUAGCAAGUUUGAUUUGGUGAACAACAGUCACCCACUCCGUUUCCUCACAGUCGUGAGGCACAUGUCAAGAACAGAGCAAGAAUUUGUUUGCUUUUCAGUAAGCUUCUUCCCUCAGGACCUUUCUUUGGUCAUUUCCACAGAAGAAGUGGAAUUCCAGCCGCUCGAUAUCAUGGAACCUGAGGGUGAGGUCCUAAAUCCCUCCCCAUUUCCAGGGCAAGUCCAGUUUGGCUGUGGCAAGCUGCUGGUCACUGGCCAGUGGCAUCAUCUCACAGUGACAGUUGCUAAGGAAGCAAGGAAGAACUGCAUUGUGUCAGCUUAUAUAAAUGGUCAGAUGCUUGGCUCUGCAAAGAUGCAGUAUCUCCAGCCCUUACCAGGUAGCUGUAUUUCCAUGGAACCCUCUUCCUUUAUUGAUGUCUAUGGGUACAUAGCUACUCCUCGAAUUUGGAAACAGAAGUCCUCCUUGACCUGGCGCCUUGGCCCUACAUACUUGUUUGAAGAAGCCAUCUCUGUGGAAACCAUGGAGGCGAUUAAUAGGCUUGGCCCACAGUAUUGUAGCAAUUUCCAAGCAGUACAGCUUGAAGGUGAGAACCAGUACAGUGAUCAUAAUCCUACACCUCUAGUGGCAGAAGAGAAGAUUUAUUUUGGAAUCAAUGCCAAGUGCUCAUCCUUCACUACGGUUCAAGAUAUAAAGAGCUCCUACAAUGAAGUGGAUGGCCGGCUGAUUGCCAAAGAGAUUGGGAUUAACUCUCGGGACAGCUCAACUCCAAUAUUCCUAGCUAAGAAUAUUGCUGGACACCUCUCAGGUUCCUUGCGGACUAUUGGGUCAGUUGCUGUGGGCCAAUAUGGGGUAAGAGUGUUCCAGUCCUCUCCAGCAGCUACUAGCCUGAACUUUAUUGGAGGCCCUGCCAUUCUCCUGGGUCUCAUUGCUAUGGCCCGUGAUGACCACACCAUGUAUGCAGCUGUCAAAGUCCUGAACUCCGUCCUGAACAGUAGCCCGAUGAGUGAAAAAUUGAUGAGGCACAUGCAUGGAUACCAGUUGUUGACCUAUCUAUUGAAGAUGAAGACACAACUGUUAAACAACAGGAUUUUACAGUUAAUGUUCUCCCUAGUGGGCACAGCUGAGCUUGGCUUUGAGUCUUCAGUCAUCAAGAAUUAUAAUGCAUUCCAGUAUGUUCUCUGCAACUUCGAGCUUUGGAUGAAAGCACCAGAAAAUCUUGACCUUGCUCUUUUUUCACAUCUUCUGGAGAUCUUGCAGUCUUCCAGAGAUGGAUGUCAGAAUGCUGCAGUUGCCUACCAGGUGCAAAUGGUGCCCAAGCUCAUUUUCCUCUUCAAUGAUCCUGAAAUCAGUAACUCCAGGACCACUGUGGUCUGCACUAUUCUCUCCCAUCUGUUGCAAGGAUACUUUAACACAAGGGAUGUUCUCAGGAUUGGAUUGUUCCUCGUUUACACUUUGAAACCUUCCUCUGUGGAUGAAAAUCAGCUUUGCAUGGACGGUGUGGCUGAAAUACCCAAUGAAGCCUUAAGCCAAACAUCUGGAAAGACAAUCUGGCUUCGAAACCAGUUACUGAAGAUGCUGUUAGAUGUAAUGCGCUCAGACAAACUUCAUCUGUCCUCUGAGGAACGAGAGGAGACAUUUUUGGCACUGGGGCCGGACUGGUUUCUGCUGUUCACACAGAGCUACCUGCACUCUAGCACGGUUGUGCUAGGAAUCAAGCUACUUCUGUGCUUCCUCCACAAUCGUUUUUUGCUGAACAAAUUCAAGGAGGGGAUAGUGGCUGGGCGCUGGCUGGAAAACAGCUCUGCGGGUUUGAGUAUUCUAAUGGAUAAUUUAAAAACUCAUCCUCCAGUGCCUGACAAUGGCUCCUUCUUGAUUUUUGGGUUUUCUGUGCUGCAAAGAUGCCUGACUGAUCAUGUCCACAUCCCUGAGAUCUACUUGCUCGUGGCAGGGCUCUUUCUGGCAACUCCACAGUCUGAACCACCUGAAGCAGCCAAGAAAGAUCUUGAGUCUAUGUUGCAGUGGAUCUUGCAGCACCAUCUUAUGGAGAAUGUCCUCAAAAUUGGCUUGUGUGCGGAGGCAGCUGCUUUACUGCUGGAAAUGGUUAGAGUCACUGUGGACAAGCCUAUUGCAGAUGCAGAAGCCUCCUGGGACAUUGCCUAUCCAGGGAACAUUAUCCAGUUUCUGUGCUUGAUCUACCAGCGUUAUACUCAGGACCCCGUGUGGCACUGUCCUGACUUCUUGAAAGCUUUGGCUAUGGUUGCUUUCCAUUCUGGACCACCCAAGGGAGGCUCUGAAGGCCUUUUGACUCCUGAUGGUCCAGCCAUUGCUGAAGGGAAAGGCUGUGUUGAUCCCUCCUCUCUCCCACUCCUACCACACCCUGCCAAGAAACAAGUGUGGGAUUUUGUACGAGUCCUCCUGAUGGACAGUCUUCUCAACAUCCCAGCAAACAAACAAGGGCAUCCACUUGAGCUACUUCUUGAGGCUUCUCCGGAGGAUGCCACUAGUGAGCAGAAAAGACAUUUUCAGACAAAAGUUUUGCUGUCUGCUAUGGAUGUCUUCCAUGUUACCAGCCAAGGCGACGGGAAAACAAGACCAAGAGGGAGCAGUGAUCCUCAUGGCACUUCAGAAUCAACUGCACCUGUAUCCAUAAUGAAUAUUGCUUAUUUUGCUCAGAAGCUGGUUGAGAAGCUGAACAGCAGAAUGUUUACUGCUGACCCCAAGCAAAUCCUGAUCUUCACUGCCAAACAGAUUAUGAGGGUCUUAGAAAGCUCCAUCCCUCAAAAGGAAGUUUUCCUUGGUGCCCUGUACAGCUGUCUAAACAGAGCCAUCCUAUACUGCCUAUCCAGACCACAACAGUCGCUGCCUGAACAGUUUAAUGUCCUGAACGCUCUCAAUGUCCUGCAGGAGCAGUGGGACGUUAUUUUUGCAACUUACAACUCAAAUAAUAAUUUUGUCAUCUGCCUAAUGUACUGCCUUUGCCAACUGAAUUCGGGCAGCUAUCCAGAAGGUUUUGGGGUGGAUGCAAAACCAAAGCUGGCUUCGUAUCACCAAAUUUUCCUUGCACCCAGUGAAGAGGAAAAGCGCAGCCUGCCUACUCCAGAUGAUGUCCAUUGGGAGAUUCUGAGAACAGUAGACAUCAUCUGGAAGCAGCUCAUUUCUCAGAGGCGGCAGGCUCUGGAGGACACUUACAAGAUGGAUCUUUCUGUAAAAGGAAAUGACAAAGAAAGGGACAUGAAGAUAACAGAGAUCACUCCUUUAUGGGAAGAAAUUAUGACCAAAGCUUGGCAACACUUGCUAGGAUCUGAAAAGAAGCUUCUCCAGAAUAAAGCAGAGCUAGGCCUGUCACAGAGCAAGCACAGUUCCUGGAGUGAAAGCCUCUCUUCAGCUAUUAGGUUGAUGCCUGGACGAAAUGCAAAGGAAAUUACAUGCAAAUCUGAGGGAUUUGUGUCAUGUAUGGAACGGUACCGACGAAUUGGGCAGGAACUGUAUGCCUCGUUGUACAAGAACCACAUACAGAUGCUGCAGUGUGGUUACAGCAAAGCAGCCAAGAACUGGAUGAUACUUGAGGAGCAGCUUUUCUACGGAAGAGGCCCAUGGAGAGAUGCAUCACCGUCCUUAGAGCCACGAUGGAUUCUUGAUUGUUAUGAAGGGCCUUCACGAAUGAGGAGGAGGAUUCAACAUGUGAAUACCCGAGCAGCAACGAUGGGAAUGAAGAGAGAGCUAACAUUAAAUGGAGCAGAAAGGGACAUGGCUAAGGGAUUGGAUUGUAACCAGCUAACGUUCUUCCCUGCUCUACAUGAAAGUUUCCAUUCAGAAGACUUCUUGGAACUGUGUGUGGAGAGACAAAUUAUAUUGCAAGAGUUUGCAGAGAGUGAAAAGGUCACAUUCAAGUGCUCUGUGGCAGUUGUGCAGGGGCAUACCACACUGGAAGGAGUGCUGCUCUUCGGCAAAGAGCACUUUUACAUCUGUGAGUGCUUUGUGUUAUCCCCUUUAGAAGAAGUCUACUGUACACGUCACUGCUUGUCCAGUAUCAGUGAUCCGUUUAUUUUCAACUUAUGUCAUAAAGAUCAUGCUGUGGGAGACCAGAUGUGUUCCCGUUAUUCGUAUCAGGAUAUAAAAGAGAUUCACCUGAUGCGCUUUCUUCUGCAGGAGAUUGCCUUGGAAAUAUUCUUCAAAAAUGGUUAUUCCAGAUUUCUUGUCUUCCAUGACAGCGACCGAAAUAAGAUAUUUAAGAGAUUUUGCUCUUUCCAACCUGCUUUGAAGUUGAAGGGGAUAACAGAAGAGUCACUGAAUAUAAGGAAACUCUCAGGAGGGGAAAAGACAAUGCUCCAGAAGUGGCAGAAGAGGGAGAUCAGCAACUUUGAUUACCUCAUGUACCUGAACACACUGGCUGGCCGCAGCUACAAUGAUUACAUGCAGUAUCCUGUGUUUCCAUGGGUCCUUGCUGAUUAUCACUCUGAGACUUUAAACCUUACUAAUCCUCAUACAUUUCGGGACUUGUCAAAGCCUAUGGGAGCGCAGACUGUAGAGAGGAAACACAAGUUCAUCCAGCGCUACAAUGAUGUGGAGAAGAGUGAGGGAGACCUGUCUGCCCAGUGCCAUUACUGUACUCACUAUUCAUCAGCAAUUAUAGUGGCAUCUUACCUGGUCCGAAUGGAGCCAUUUACCCAGACCUUCUGUUCUCUGCAG